GGGCUUUUUACACUGGCUAGCAACAAGUUGUCUUCACUUCUGAUUACUAUAUCGGUUGAAGGCAGCAGGUGGUCAACGUUCCUCGAAGGACAAACCAUGUGAAUGGAAAUAUGAAGCUGUUUUAUUAUACGACUGAAUUGUUUUAUGAAAGCGCGUGGAGUGACAUGGACGGUGUGGAAUAACUAGUUUUGUGCGUUUUAACAUUUUAUUUGACAUAUUUGAAAGGCGUGACAAAUGUUCGGUGCACAUUAAAACAGAAAUUGUGCCUCGAGUCUGCGCUCGUAACGCGCAUCCGGAGUUUUGUUUUUGCCUACCUUAACUUCUUUUUAUUUUACUUCUCGCUUAAAUAUGGCUUUUGCAAGAUUCAGCAAAAUUCUUCGGUUGUCUACCUUUGACAUUAAAAAGAAAGUAAAGCAAUACGAACACGUCCACCGUGAUAUAAAUCCCAACGAUAUAUGGGAAAUCAUCGGGGAGUUGGGCGAUGGAGCGUUUGGAAAGGUUUACAAGGCCAAAAACAAGGAGACCGGCGUCCUGGCUGCGGCCAAGGUGAUCGAGACCAAAUGCGAGGAGGAGCUGGAGGAGUACAUGGUGGAGAUUGACAUCCUGGCCAAAUGUGACCACCACUACAUAGUCAAGCUGAUGGAUGCCUUCUACCACGACAACAAGCUCUGGAUCAUGAUCGAGUUCUGCGCUGGGGGAGCUGUGGACGCCACCAUGCUAGAGCUGGAUCGUGGUCUCAUGGAGCCUCAGAUCAAGGUGAUCUGCAGGCAGAUGCUGGAGGCCCUGGUCUACCUGCACAGCAUGAAGAUCAUCCACAGAGACCUGAAGGCCGGGAACAUCCUCCUCACCCUGGAAGGGGACAUCAAGCUGGCUGAUUUUGGAGUGUCGGCCAAAAACGCCAAAACCCUCCAGAGAAGAGACUCGUUCAUAGGAACACCAUACUGGAUGGCCCCAGAGGUGGUGAUGUGUGAGACCAUGAAGGAUGCUCCGUACGACUACAAGGCAGACAUUUGGUCCCUGGGGAUCACCCUGAUCGAGGUGGCCCAGAUCGAGCCCCCCCACCACGAGCUCAACCCCAUGAGGGUCCUGCUCAAGAUCGCCAAGUCCGACCCACCCACCCUGGAACAGCCUGCCAAGUGGUCACGGGAGUUCAAGGAUUUCCUGAAGAAAUCCUUGGAUAAGAAUCCAGAGAGCAGGCCAACUGCCGCCCAGCUCCUGGAGCACCCUUUCAUCAGCUCCGUGAAGACUAACAGGCCCCUGCGUGAACUGGUGGCCGAGGCGAAGGCUGAAGUCAUGGAGGAAAUCGAGGACAAUAGAGAGGAAGGAGAGGAGGACGACCCGACGGAGCUGUCUGUGCCUGCAGGUACAGAGCAGACCAGUUUGGAGGGGGACCACCCUGCCAGCACCCCCACCCCCACCCCCACCGUCACCCUGACCCCCACCCCCAUGGACGAGGCCGGGCCUCCCCAGCAGGAGGAGCCGGAGCCGGCCUUGGUCCUCCUCCCCCAGAAGCUCCAGGAGGAGCUGGAGGGCAGGCCGGGCGAGGGCAGGCUGCCCGACGAGGGCAUCGUCAUCCCGGACGCGGACAAGCACGAGCGCGAGGCCUCCACCAAGACCUCCAGCUCCGACUCGGGCAUGGAGGACGGCAAGAGCACCCCCACCUCGGAGGAGGAGGGCAAGGCCCCGAACACCCCCGACUCGGAGCAACCGCCCCUGCUGGCGCAGCCGGAGAGGGUCGACGUCGCCGCGGUCACCGAGGUCGCCGAGGUCACCCAGAGCAGGAUGGCGGAGGAGGAGAACAGCAGCAUAGGCAGUGGGGAGCUUCCGGCGGCCGGUACGGAGCCCAUCGCCCUGCCCAGCCCCACGCCAGAGCCCACCCCAGACCCCACACCCCUCAUCGGGCUGAACGGGAACCUCCGGAGGGGGCCCUCUCAUCGCUCGUCCAUCGGCAGCCACACGGACAGCCUGAUGCCCCUCGCGCACGGCAGGAACAAGAGGUGCUCGGACGCGGGCAGCUUGGCGUCCGAGGGCAUGGACAUCAGCCUGAACCUGUCUGGAGACAGCAAGGACAACGGGUCCAUGUCGGUCAGGGACUCUCGGUUCUCCAGCAAGACCCUGAAGCGCACCAGGAAGUUUGUCAUCGACGGCGUGGAGGUCAGCGUGACCACCUCCAAGAUCAUCAGCGACGACGAGAAGAAGGACGAGGAGAUGCGGUUUCUCAGGCGUCAGGAGCUGCGGGAGCUCCGUCUGCUGCAGAAGGAGGAGCACCGAGCUCUGGCCCUGCUCAACACCAAGCUGGACGCCCAGAAGGACCACAUGCAGCGACGCUUCGACCAGGAGAUGAAUGGCAAGAAGAAGUUCUACGACACGGAGCUGGAGAACCUGGAGAAGCAGCAGAAGCAGAUCAUCGAGAAGAUGGAGCAGGACCACAGCGUGCGCCUCCGCGACGAGAGCAAGCGCGUCCGCGCCGAGCAGGAGCGAGACCUCGCCCGGUUCCUGGAGCAGAUGAAGCAGAAGAAGAAGGAGGUGAAACACGAGGUUGAGAAGCUUCCUAGGAGCCAGAGGAAGGACUCCCUGAAGCAGAAGAUGAACACCUUUCAGCAUAUGAAGCAAACCGAGGAGCAGAAGUUCCUGGCGGCGCAGAAGAACCACCUGGACGCCACGCUGACGAGGAUCAUCGCGGAGAACAAGAGGGAGAUCUCCGACACGGAGAGGCAGUGUCUCCUGAAGAAGCAGCACCUGAUCAGAGAGAGGGAAGCCAAUAUCUGGGACAUGGAGGAGAAAAACCUCCAUGAGAAACACCAGCUUCUGAAGCAGCAGCUCAAGGACAAGUACUUCCUGCAGCGCCACCAGCUCCUCAAGAAGCACGAGAAGGAGCAGGAACAGAUGCAGUGCUACAACCAGAGGAUGGUGGAGAUCCUGAAGGGCCGGCAGCAGCAGGAGAAGGGCCGCAUGCCCAAGAUCCAGCGCAGCGAGGGCAAGACGCGCAUGGUCAUGUUCAAGAAGAGCCUCCGCAUCAACUCCACGGGCAGUGCUGCGGAGGACCGCGAGAAGAUCAAACAGUUCUCCCAGCAGGAGGAGAAGCGUCAGAAGGCUGAGAGGCACCACCAGCAGCAGAAACAUGAGAACCAGAUGAGGGAGAUGACGGGCCAGUGUGAGGGCAACGUCAGAGAGCUGCAGCAGCUGCAGAAUGAGAAAUGUCACCUUCUGAUCGAGAACGAGACCCAGCGCCUCAAAUCUCUCGACGAGCAGCACAACCACCUGCUAAGGGACUGGAAGGAGCACCUGAAGCCCAGGAAGAAGGCUCUGGAGGAGGAGUUGAACCUGAAGAAGAAGGAACAGGAGAUCUUCUUCAAGCUGAGUGAGGACUCGGAAUGCCUGAGCCCCAGUUCGCCCAACAAGCUCACCAAGUUCCUGCCUUACUCUGAAUCAUCCACCACAUAAAAAAGUCUUAUGGAAACACAUACACACACACACACACACACACAACACCUACUAGGCCGCAAGCACCACUACUGCCAGCAGCCUCAGUCUUAGUCUGAACAGAAAUGUCCGAUAAGUCCUCCAGCGAUAUUCUUUUUUUGUUUGUUUGUUUGUUUUUUGGAAUAUUUAUGUUUUAAAGAUUUUAUGUCAUGAAAAGAGGAUUAGACAAACCUGCCUUAUAGCUAUUAGGUUUCUUCCUACUGGUUUCCAUCUCAUCCAUCCGUUCUCUCUAAGUUUGCUUUUACUGAAGAACUGUUGAGUCAGAGUUUUGUGAGGAAGAUGAGAUGACUUCUUAGUUGAAACAUAACGUACGAAUAGUGUUGGUGCAACAAUCAUUAAGAUGCCUCAUAUAAUUACAGCGUCGCGGGAGCCAACAAAUAAGCACUUUUCUUACAGUAUCCCUUCCAAAGAUUCUUUGACUUCCAAACAAAGCUUUUUCAACUGAAUGUGCCUUGGCUCAAUUGCCUGUUUUGUUGAGAGUGCAUGUUGUCAUGCCGAUUAGAGGUGGAGGUUGUUGCCAAGUCCUAGUUAGUCUCUUUUUUUAUUGUCAAUGUUCAUGCAGAAAGGUGAUGAGAGCUCGAGUUUAACAAUUUACUUUCAGUGAGUGUCGGAUUCAGCACUGUAAAUAUGAACUUGAAAUGCUGAACACAGCAUGUUGACAGCCUCAGAACGUGUUGGAUGGAAACUGCUGCUGAGUUGGUUUAUUUGAUCUUAAGUUUGAAGGAGUGCUCGAGGAUGGGGAGAAGGGAGGAAUCAUCGCUCGUUCAUCCCCUUUUACAUUUUUUAUUUCCGACAUAGGAAAUGGAUGGAAAUGAAGUCACGUCUCCAUUAUGAAACUUUUUUUUGAGGGGAAUUAUGUUUUUAAUGAUUUAUUAUUUUGUUGGACUUAAAUAAGAGUAUAUUUGAAAUGUUGUCUUGUUUCCUUGCUGCGUUUUUACUGUAACUGUUCAAUCUAGCACACUGGAUGACAACUGACCAAGCCAAAGCAGAAUACUGUCGUCUUCUUUGAAGGAUCUUAAUACUUUUAGUUUUAAAAUAUGACUUAAAGUUUAUCUUUAUUUGUUAUGUUCAUUUUCAAUGCACUGUCAGCUAACCAAAGUGCAAUAUCUUUUGGCUUUAAGAUGUUUGUUGGUUUCCUUGCACAUAGAGGCCGAUAUUACAUUAUUUUAGGGAGUAUAGCAUCGUGUCCAUACUUUGUACUGAAACUUCAUGCGGUGGAACUAUUUUCGGCUGCUUUGGAAAAAAAGAAAAUUGAGCUGAUUUCUCAACCAGUUUUGGCUUGUUGCCAUGUCAUCAGGCCAGUCAUCAGGUACAGCUGUAUAUCCUGCCUGCCUCUCUCACAUCCUCUUCCUUACUCAGAGGAUGUCUUCAUUUGCUUUUAACAUUUCCUCCUUUGUUUGUGGUCAUAUGCUAUGACUGAUUCUGGUCUUGUUCUUCUUUCAAUUCUUAACUCUUUAUUUGUAUGAGGGAUGCAGUGAAUGUGACUGUCCAGAAGAUGGAGCCACUGUUGUGUAUAUAAAAUUCUAAUAAAUGCAGAUUUUCUAGUAUCUAUAAA